AUUCCAUGCAUUCUUACUUCAAAACGAACACAAACUAAAAAAAAGAUGAGAAUCCAAGUUAGAGGAUAUGCGUUUAUAGUUGCAGUGGUGGCGUCUGUUAUGUUACAGCAGCCUGAGUUGUUAGUGACCGGACAAGCUACAGUUCCGGCUAUGUUUGUGCUUGGAGACUCAUUGGUCGAUGUUGGGAACAACAACUUUCUAGCAUCCGUGGCUCGAGCCAAUUACUUGCCUUAUGGCAUAGACUUAAACUACCGUCCUACUGGCAGGUUUAGCAACGGCAUGAACUUCGUUGAUUUGCUUGCUCAGUUGUUAGGAAUCUCGUCGCCUCCUCCCUUUGCGGAUCCAACCACAUGGGGCACUAGAAUCCUCGGAGGAGUUAACUAUGCCUCUGCAGCUGGUGGCAUCCUGGAUGAAUCAGGCCAACACUAUGGAGACAGAUUCAGCCUGAGCCAGCAAGUGGUGAACCUAGAGGGGACGCUGAGCCAGUUGAGAACCAUGAUGAGUCCCCAAAACUUUACGGAUUACUUGAAAAAAUCGCUUGUGGUUCUCGUUUUUGGAAGCAAUGACUAUCUCAACAACUACCUUAUGCCUAAUCUCUACUCAUCCAGCUUCAGAUACAGACCGCCUGAGUUCGCCAACCUACUUAUCAACCAAUACGCUCGACAACUUCUUACUCUGUACAGCCUAGGUCUAAGGAAAAUAUUCAUAGCUGGAGUAGGACCACUAGGCUGCAUACCGAACCAAAGAGCCACAGCACCACCAGGGAGAUGCGUUGAUAACGUGAACGAGAUUCUAGGCACAUUUAACCAAGGGCUAAGAGCACUUGUUGACCAGCUGAACCAGCGUUCACCUGGAGCCAUCUUUGUAUAUGGCAAUACAUUUCGCGCAGUUGGUGACAUCUUAAACAAUCCAGCUACUUACGGAUUCAGUGUAGCGGACAGGGCUUGUUGCGGGACUGGUAGGAACCAAGGACAAAUCACAUGUUUACCGUUGCAGAAUCCUUGUCCUAACAGGUCUCAGUACGUGUUUUGGGAUGCAUUCCAUCCUACUCAGACUGCGAACUCUUUUCUGGUCAGACGAGCUUUCUACGGUCCACCUUCUGACGCAUACCCUGUCAACGUCCAACAGAUGAUUCUCCUUCCCUAGUUGUUUACUUUCUCUGUGUGUUUAUAAGUCUUAUAAAGUUGUAUGUUAUGAUAUUUGAACCUGACUAUUAACCUGAAAACCAUAAUGCUCUUACCGCAAAAUAACAUAGAAGUGCUAAUGAUAA